AACUCCUGGUCUUGAUGGAAGCAGCUGUGGCCUUCCACUGAGCCAGCCCACUCAGAGGUAAAAGUAGAUUUAUUCUGAGGUUAAUAGAUCUCAUUAUAACUGUUCAUUUGAGAGUAGAGUAUACAGUGCUGUUAAGUAACUUUUCCUUUAAGUUUUAUGUAUUUAUGUUCUCUAUCUUUUGUAUAUGUGAGAAUUGCAUUGGUACAAUUAUCUUUUAGAUUGAACAUCAAGAUUGACAGGUCACAUAGGCUCCAAAGCAACCUACUUUCACUGUGUAAUUUACCUGAUUUUCAGCUAAGACUUUGUGGUACAAGAUGAACAUGCCAGAGACAUUUCUUUCCAUCAUUUUUAUAAUUUAUAAAUGUUGCUGCAUUACAUUGAAGUAAGAAUGCCCCUAAAUGUUUCUGUUUUUAUAUUCUAAUUAUGGAGUUCAGAAGUGGAUUUGUUAACUGAGAAUACUUAGGAAUAGGCAGAAGUCUACAUGUCCAGACUCCCUAAGUAACAUCCACAUGCUUCCUUUGUUUAGGAAAAGCAUUGUUUUGGAAAUAACUCUCAUGUUCUCCCUGCCUCCUCCAGGAAUAAAACUCCUAAAGCAAUGAAGCCAUCAUUCAGCUUUCUGAUGGUGGAAAGACAUAUUAUCUUGUUUGUGACCUAGUUCCUGCUUUUCUUUCCUGAUUGUUUGAAGUCGCUGAGACAACCAGGUAAAAAGUACCUUCAGUUCACCUGGCCUCAGUAUGCAGCCACAUACCAAACAUUUCCUUUUGUGUCUUUAAAUCUCUCUUUAGUUGUUAAUAUUAUGGGCACCCUUCCACCUAUGUGACAAAGAAUCACUCCACCCCACAUAGUAUAGUGGGCUGUACAAGCUAGCUAGCCACUUUGUGUUCAGGAGGAAGAGGAAGUACCUACGAAGUGCAGGAAGAUAAUAGGGUCUGCUAUUGGAACCAGGGGCAAGUGCUAUUGAAAUGCAUAUCUCUGCUGAUCUAGAAAAGGUCUUUGUCUGGGGUAGAAGGCAGGAUCAGGAACCAUUGUGCUGUGUCUUUAAGCACAGUGUACCCUUAAGGGAGGUGCUCUUGUCACUCAGGCCUCACUAGCCAAUCAGGUCCUUUAGGCGGCCUGCCAGUCAGAAGUGGUGCAGGGCCCUUCCGGCUGCCGGCUUCAGGAUUGGCUUUGAAGAGGAGCGGAUGCCAGUGGGUUUGUGUGCUGUGCUGUGAGUGUUGCUGCUGGGAGGUGAGCGUAGAGCAUGGGCGAGCUGGAAAACCAUGACAUGGACGCAGUGACCUAUAAUGAUGUGCAUGUCGACUUCACUCAGGAAGAGUGGGCUUUGCUGGAUCUUUCUCAGAAGAAUAUUUACAAAGAUGUGAUGCUGGAGACCUAUAUAAACCUCACUGCUAUAGGCUACAGAUGGGAAGAUCUUAAUAUUGAAGAACAUUGUCAAAGUCCUCGAAGACAUGGAAGGUAA